AUGGACACCGGCAGCGUUCAGCCCAUCAAGCUGGCUCAGGUCAUCAAAGUUCUGGGCCAGACCGUUUCUCAGGGCCAGUGCACCCAGGUGCGCAUGGAGUUCAUGGACGACACGAGCCGCUCCAUCAUCCGCAACGUGAAAGGCCCAGUGCGGGAGAGAGACGUGCUCACCUUGCUCGAGUCAGAAUGA